AGUAAACAAGUCAAAGCAAAAACAUUGUACUUCGAUCAGCAUAAGAUCAAUAUACUACAAAUUUAAGUGCUAUAAGUUCAUAGAAAUGCUCCUAAUGCGGGUUGGUUUGCUGUGUGCCCUGCUGACCUUUAUCGCAGCAUAUCCGCUGGAAGCCGCAGUAAAACCCGUACGAAAUGAGGAGCUCGAUCCGGCUGAAUAUCCUGAUUUAACAAAUGGUCUAAGUGACGCUGAAGUGGAGUCAACACUCAAUGGCUUAUCCCUAGAUGAUUUGAAUGCAUUGAAUAAACUUUUGGAUGAUGCUGGCAAUGGACCAUUCGAUUUAAAGGCAAGCCUUAGGGGACACCAUAGGCAAGCCAAAAAGCAGCCUUACGCGGAUGUUGAUAGUGUGAACGAGGACCAGGAGAGUGCCUUGAAGCCGGACAGACAAACAGAAGACGAUGCCUGUCAUGAUGAGGACGAGGAAGAAGAAAAGGACAACUGCACCCAACAACCCAAAUGCAACAAGCGACCCACCACACGGCGGUGCAGUGGAACCACUCGAAAGAGUACGACCCCAUGCAGAUCCUUGGACGGCUUUUUAGAUAUACAUUUAGAUGGAUCCAAGUCAGACAGAAACAAAGCCAAACUAAAAUGCAAAACUGUUGAGGAAUGUGAUCCAGAGGAUACGAUGUGCCUGCAGCGCCUACAACACAGAUCGAUGCAGCGGCCAAGCAUGCAUGACUUUGCCACUGUGAGUGAGAAUCACGGGCCCUUUGCAAUGGACAGCUUGGAGAAAUUGGCAGCUCAGGCUCAUCGCAACGACGCGCUUAAGCUGAACAGGCAACUGAAAAACUGGAAUGUCAAAGAAGACGCAAUACCUGAGGUAUCAAACAUGGACUAUGACAAGUUAGCCAAUGUGGAUGCAUUCAAAGAGUCGCCCAAAGUAGACAGCGCCUGGGCUCGAGUGAACGUGGCUGAGGAUGAGGUUGGACAAUCACAACAAAACGAGAAGCUGCUUAAUAUGCCCUACGAGCGACAUGAGCUGGCAAGGUCAGCAAACGGGCGAAGACAACGACAGGAAGAGGAGGAGGAUGACAAGCAGACCGAAGAGCUGGACGAGAAUAUGCAACUGGAUGAUCCAGCCGAACUCGGAGUUAAUGAAGGCGACAGUUUCAUUGCGCACAAUGCGCGCGAUCCAUUGCGCUACCUAAUUCAAACAGAUGAGGGCUAUGGCAAAAGCGAGAUCGAACCCAUCGAAAACCAGCUGCGUACAGACAGGGAACACAGCGAAAUGCUCAACUAUGAACCGUAUCAACCAGCCAAUAAACGAGUUCCUUUACAGGAUCAGCUGCAGCAGUCGAAGCGCAUCAAGCGGGAGAAUAAUAUAAGAAAAUGCGACGAUGACUCGGCCGAGAACAACAACAACGAAAGCUAUCUCAAAAAGCUGAUGGACUCGUUUCCCCGUGAUAAGAACGUGCCAAGCAACCUCAAUGUAGCCAUCAGGCUGGCAGAACUAACGCAUUUGCGUGUUAAACGAAGUUAAGUUUUCAUUAUUAUU